AUGACCUCAUUGCCAAAUUUUAGAAAUUGUUCCUCUGAAGUAGAUGUUGAAGAAUUUGCUUGCCUUCAAGGAACAGUCAAGUUGUUCACAUGUAUAGUUUGUGGUAAAACAUUCAAGAGGAAAGAUCACCUUAUUGUGCAUGAGAGGAUUCACACAACCGUAAAGCCAUUUCAGUGCAGCUUGUGCAAUUACAAAUCUUGUCAAAAAAUUCACUUGCUUAGACACAUGAAAGUGCAUAGCCCAAGUUAUAAUGGCAUUUCUAUCCCUCACAGCAUUAAUGGCUUCAACAAAUGUACUGGACAAAGUGGCUUUUCUCAUCCUUGCAAGUUCUGUGGAAAUGAAAAGUACAGUACUACCUCAACAUUAUUUUUCACAAGGAACUUCCAAAGGGUCAGUGACAAAGACUUUACUUUCUAUGACAUAACGAGGCCAUAUACUUGUCACAUUUGUGGGAGAAGCUUUAAUCAGAAAGGGAAUCUAAGAGCUCAUGAACGAAUCCAUACUGGAGAAAAACCCUAUGCUUGUGGAAUUUGUGACUAUCGUGCUGGUCGAAGAUCACAGCUCAGAUCUCAUUCUCGAGUUCACACGGGAGAGAGACCAUAUAAGUGCAAUCGUUGUGAAGGCUGUCUUGGAUAUUCUGGAUCAAAAAUAAUCCCAAGCUUUAAAACUUGUGGUGGAAGCAGGGAGAGUUUAAAGAUUCCUAUAGGACAGAAGUACACCUGUCGAACAUGUGGUAAAGUAUUUCAAAGAAAGUUGCAUCUGGAAGGUCAUGAAAGAAUACACACUGGUGAAAAGCCAUUCAAAUGUUCUUUCUGUCAAAGAAAACGAAACGUUCUACUAUUGAAAAGUUUAUCAAAGAACCGGCACAGUGAAAAAGUACUGCAGGUGUAUGCUUGCCGUUUUUGUGGGAGGAAUUUCAACCGUCAAAAGUGGCUCCAAAAACAUGAACUGCUCCAUACUGAAGAAAAGCCCUUUGUUUGUGAUAUUUGUGGGUAUCGUACAAGCCAAAAAAUUAAUCUUAAACUGCACUCGAAACUUCAUACUGAUGUGAAUAUUCCUAUUGAACUGUCUCUAUGCCUGGAACUCAUUUUAGUGCAAAAAUUACCUGAUGUUGAGCAUACACUUUCUGAAUUCACGCAGGUUGGUGGUGAUGGAGAAUAUUAUACUCGUUCAAUUAUACAUUUAUCAAGUGGUUUUUUGAAGGUUGAUAGCAUGGCUCCUGAAGUGCAUGAUCUAACAAGAUCGUACAUUUGUCUUACCUGGAUAGAAAAAUACUGUUCCUCAAUGACAAGAUACUUAUCAAGCAGUUUUUUACAUGAUGAAGAAAACUACCCUGGACAGGAGUGCAAAACUCUAUAUACUUGCCAAGUUUGUGGAAAAGGUUUCAACCAGAAAUUUAACCUCAAAGCACAUGAGAAGAUUCACAGUGGAGUGAAACCUUUUGUCUGUGAUACCUGCGGCAUGGAAAAAGAUGCUACUUCAUCAGCGGAGGAUGAAUCAUGUAGUCCUUCUAAAAUAGAGGUUGAAUGUCCUGAACAAGAUUCACAAGGCCAGCAUAUUUGCACUAUUUGUGGAAAGACCUACGCCUCGGAGAGGUACCUAAAAAAGCAUCAAAUUAUCCAUUCUGAUAAGAAACCAUUUUCAUGCGAUUUUUGCGAUUACAGUUCAAGACACAAAGCUCAUCUUACAAGACACUUGAGACUUCAUACCGGGGAAAAACCGUACAAAUGCCACCAUUGUGACUUUAGAAGUGCAUAUUUGGAAUCACUUAAAGGACAUGUGUUGAGUCAUUGGAAAAUAUAA